AUGGACCAACAACUCACACCAACACAGAAAGCCAACCUGCACGAGGUCGCUGACCUCAUGCUAGAAAUCUACCAAACACUGGCAAACAUGCGCUUCCUCAACCCCGCUGGAAUCAUCAAAGGCCCCCACAAUAUCGACAAUGUUCGCGAGUUAUAUGAGAAACUAGGCCUGGAUUCAUCAAUCACAUACCUCUACAAGAUCUUACCAUACAUCGAUAUCUCCGUUGCUGGCCAAACGGAUUUCUUUCAAGGGGGCACCUUCGCAGAUUUCCGCCUACCAGAAGAUAUAGAGCAAGGACGCGAUCCGUUCUAUAUUGGCCCGAGUGAUGAUGACUAUGAGGAUGAAGAUGGGCCAUAUAUGCGACCGUGGGUGACCGCACUCUCAAUGCUAGGGAACCAUCAAAGUGUGAUUCUUUAUGAUGCGCGGAGGCAUCGGAUUUGGAUCAUCGAUCAGGAGAGUUGGGAUACAACGGAUCCUGCGAUACGAGGAAAUGCAGACCGCGCGGUUGAUGAGGAUUAUGAGUCUGGUGAGAGAAGUGUCAACGAGAACAGCUUUGAGCAUGUACCUAGUCGCCCUGCUGGUGAUGUGUUGAGAGAUAUCAUCCGCUGGUACCGUUCAUUAGACAUAUUGCCUGGCGGUGGGGAGAACAGUGGACGGGAAUGGGACGGUGAUGAGCUUCCUUUGAGAGAGCUUUAUAUUAAGCAUGGCUGGCCGGACGGCUUCGAUGGAGACGCCUUUCAGGCGGAGCGAUUAAGCUAUGCUAUGUCAAUGGAGGAUACAGAAACACAAAACGGCGAUGAUUCCAUGUGA